UCACAAGACGUCUUACUAUAAAGAUGACCUGUUUAGCUACUUGUGUUUUGCGGAUUUCUAUCGACGGUUGAAUUCGGGCGCAUGCGAGGAAAGCAGAAGUUCUUGCCAACUGCUAACAACUGUUUUGUCAACCAGCCACACUCCUUAGCUAAUGUAUAACUUGGGCAGCGAAGGAUGGUAAUGGCGCAUGUCGGGGCUAUAGUUGCUGCCAUCACGGGGGUGUUGUUCAUCCUGCUACACUCGUCCAUACACAAGAUUGAGGAAGGACACCUGGCUGUUUACUACAGGGGCGGGGCUUUGCUGACCGCUCCCAAUGGACCAGGCUACCACAUCAUGCUGCCCUUCAUAACCACGUACAGAUCCGUACAGACAACCCUUCAAACGGACGAAAUAAAGAACGUGCCUUGUGGAACAAGUGGUGGCGUCAUGAUCUACUUUGACCGAAUCGAGGUGGUGAACAUGCUGGUGCCCUCUGCAGUGUUGGAGAUCGUGAAGAACUACACCGCGGAUUACGACAAGACGCUGAUAUUCAACAAGAUCCACCACGAACUCAACCAGUUCUGCAGCGUCCACACUCUCCAAGAGGUCUACAUCGAAUUAUUCGACAUCAUAGAUGAGAAUCUGAAAAUCGCCCUCCAGAAGGACCUGAACGUCAUGGCACCUGGGCUCACCAUCCAGGCGGUUCGUGUCACCAAGCCGAAAAUCCCAGAGUCGAUCAGAAGGAACUUUGAGCUGAUGGAGGCAGAGAAGACCCGGCUACUCAUCACAGUUCAGACUCAGAAAGUGGUGGAGAAAGAGGCGGAAACGGAGAGGAAGAAGGCCAUUAUCGAGGCCCAGAAGUCGGCCCAGGUGGCGGAAAUUAAUUUCCAGCAGAAGGUGAUGGAGAAGGAAACGGAGAAGAGGAUUUCUGAAAUCGAGGACGGGGCGUUCUUGGCCAGAGAGAGGGCCAGAGCCGACGCAGAGUUCUACACCGCGGCAAAGUACACCGAGGCCAACGCGCUUAAGCUGACCCCCGAAUACCUGGAGCUAAUGAAGUACCAGGCCAUCGCGGCCAACAGCAAGAUCUACUUCGGCCAGGACAUACCCAGCAUGUUCGUGGACAACAGCGCCCCCUCCGGCACGAGGCCAGACGCGACGGACUCCCCCGAGCAGUCUGAUGCCGUGGGCAAGGCGGAGAAGCACAGGAAAGGAGGGCGCUCGGCAACAAGAGACCCCAAAACAAGCCCUGAGGACUGAGGGGCCCCACCCAGAGCUGGGGGCCCCUGGCCUCUCAGACCUGAAGAGUUUGUGUGGCAUGCUUUUGUACUUUUUUUUUUUUUUCUUUCCUGGGGUUGGAUUGAUGGCAGCAGAGGUAAUCCCAGGCUGCUGGUGUGUUGGGGGUGAAUGAUGCAUCUGGUUUUUCAAAGGGAUAGAUAGAGGGAAGCCGCUGGAUUCAGUCUUUAAGCAGCAGGACAGACCGAUUUGGAGAUAAAAUGGCAGCAAUCGCCUCAAACACCGCUGCCCAAAUGAGGCGGGGUGAAGCCGCACUCUGUCCUCUGAAUGUUUAUCAAAGUGAUCUAUUUUUAUGCAGAAGAGAAUGCUUGUUUCCUAGCUUCCUUUUGUUUUGAAUGUUCCUGUUGGUGUAAUACUGUUGUAUCAGUGCAGAGGCUUGAUUUUGAUAAAAAGGUUCCUAAUUAA